UCAUAGCCAUAGCACCCCACGUUUAGUUUACUUUUCCCAUGUAAUCUACAAUCUACACAUGCGCAGUGUAGCAACGAUCCAAAAAGCAUCAAUUUCAGGAUCAGACAUACCGACGACUCUAGACUAUACGAUAUACGACGCGGUGUAUAUACGAAAACCACUAAUUGAAGCUAUUGCUCUUACAUUGCCUCGAGAUAAUGGCCGAGACCGAGACUAAAACUUCGGGUCAUGCAUCCCCAGACUCCCCAUAUCCGCUUCCUCGUGUGACCAUCCGGUUUUGUACGCAGUGUAAAUGGAUGUUGAGAGCCGCAUACUUCGCGCAAGAGCUCCUCUCCACCUUCUCGACCUCCCUCGGCGAAGUCGCCCUCCAGCCCUCCACAGGGGGAACAUUCAUCGUCGAGAUAUUCUUCACAUCACCCACCCCACCCCCCGAAUCCCAACCACGGGACCCCUCUUCCACCUCUCCCACACCCACAAUCCAACAGCGCAUACUCUGGAACCGCAAAACCGACGGCGGCUUCCCCGAGACGAAAGAGUUGAAACGACGGGUUCGCGAUACGAUUGAGCCGGGGCGGAACCUGGGACACGUGGAUAAGGACUACGGAAAGGCAAAGAAUGAGGCACAGAAUACGGAUACGCAAAAACCCGUGCUAUCGAAAGCCGGAGAGGAGAAUACGUUAGGUUUGAAUACACAUCCCGAGGCGAACAUCGGUGGACCGGCGUGUAAACCGGGGACCGAGAGCGCGGGGACGAAUAAAGCGACGCAGGAUGAGUGUGAGGACUGCAAGUAAUUUGCCUAUGCUACUGAAUCUCUAGUCCUACUAUGAAGUAAUGUGAACAGUAGAAUAAGGAGCUGUAUAUCUGGGUAUUGUAUAAAGGCUACUGCAGUUACCACUAAACCCAGGAGGAAAGUACAGGUCAGCUCGCCAGAUAUAUCUAGGAUAUGAAGCUCCUGUCUAGCAAGUAUAGAGGGGCUUGGGGGUGUGUCCCGAGGAAUCUACUAAGUUACACAGCAGGCAUUCUUUAUCAAAUAGAGGGCACCAUUUAUGAAGCCAGU